AUGAGUAACAACCACAGUAAAAAAUGGUUGUUCAAUUCAGUCGGGGAGUCGUCGGAAUCGGAAGGUUCUGGAAUCUACGAUGAGAGGAUUCUUAUCCCCGUCUUUGCGUCGCUUAAUUGGGAUAUCCGUACACUCUGUCAAAUGUCGCGUGUUAACAGAAAGCUCCGUGUAGUAGCAAAAAAGAUUCUCUGGAGAGAGAUGUGUGUGUAUCGUGCUGCGCAAAUGAUAACGGCGUUAACUGACGGUUCGCCUAGCGGCAGAAUUGGAUGGCAAGCUAUGGCUAAAUUGAUGUUUUUCUGCAACGGAUGCCGGUCUAGCCAACAUUUUCAAAUGGGCGAACCGGCACCGGGUCACUUCGUAAAAACAUCCCGUUUUUCAAAAACCUCCGGUCGGAGUUUUCUGGUGAAGAAAUGUAGAAAUGAUUUGCUGUACGUAAGUGAUCCAUGUGAGCAUCCAACAGGGGAUAAGGAUGACGAUUUGGGGAUAUUUAGAGGGGUAUUUUUGGGAUUUAUGAGGUCUAGGACAAGGGCGUGUUUGAUUAGAAGACAGGUGGAGCUUGAAGAGAGAAUUAAAUGUCUGUUUUGUGGGGCGCGGGUUUGGAGCAUGACGGCGGCUCGGCUCGUUCCGAAAAGUGCGGCGCGGCGGCUUGGUUCGAUGGAGAGUGGGUUAGAGUACUCUUUGUGUGUGAAUGGGCAUUUACACGGAGCUUGUUGGCUGGUUCCUUUAUCGUCCGAUGAAGGCGAAGAAAAAAUUGGUGAUGAAGAUGAAGAUGAAGGCGAAGAUAGCAGCGAGGAAGCUUUUGACGGCGAAUAUUUUUUUCGCGGGAAUCAGAUUGUAAGAAAUGGACAAAUGGGUCUCUCAAUGGUCUAAAAUUGGGCUUACUUCUUGAUGGAAGAAAUCUAUCAUCAGACAAAAGUGAAUGCGAGAUUUAAACUUUCUAGGUUUGAAUUCGAUCAUUUACUGUUGAUUCGAUGAACCCAUAAGUUAUGAGCUAGAUCCGCCACCAGAACACGUGCUUUUCCGGUAGCUAUUUUUUGACCUGGAGACAUACAGGCAUACAAGUUCCUGAUCAUCCCCUGACUUUCCAACCAGGAAUUUCAAAAAGAGAAGGAAGAAGGGACAAGGGAAAGUUUUUGUAGUUUAGCCUGUUGUUAUGUUAAGAAUAAGAAUUGAAUCAGAAUUUUCAGUUUAUUUGGUGGGUUUUUCGGUUUGGUUUCAGUUUAUAAUUCAUU